AUGGCUACAUCCCCCCCUCCUCCCAGAGAGCCACGCCCCCAGGCCAGCCGAAGAGCGUCCCAAGAAUACCGCAGCCAGCAAGAGUCUGACCGCGCCUCGACCACCUCCCAGCUCCACGAUGACGACUCGCCCUGCAGCACGCCCCUGCGCUCGCGCAUCUGGCUGCUCCCUCCGCACGCCGCCAAAACUCUUGCCAGGUCCGGCUGCGGACCAGUCAGCGGGUUUCCUCCUAAAUCCGCAGGCUAUAGCGCGCCGCCGCCCGCGCUAACCGUGUCAGUGCCGUCGCCGCGCCUCGCGCCGGGGCCCUGGGGGGCAGUGGAGAGGCGCGACGAGGAAGACAAGAGUAGCGUGGUCGUCGAGCUCGACGGCGCGAGAGCCUGGGACCGGCGGCGGACGGCGUAG